GCGCCCCCAGCCCGGGGCGCUGCGCUGCGCUCCUCAGGAGCCUGCCGCCCGCUGCCCAGCGUCUCCGGGGCCCGGCCGUAACGGGACCGCGGAGGGAACGAGGUCACCGCGGGGUUGUCUGGUGACUUCCACUGACCCGACUAUCCGGAGAGCGGCCCCUGGCGACAAGGCCGCCCGGGCCUGGUCUUCGCCAAGCUCUCCUUUCCUCCCUUCCCCGCUUCACCCCCAGAACAAAAGGCUGGGGUCUCGCUGGGGAGGGGGCUGUCGCGGGAUGAGCGGGAGCGAAGUAAAGAGCAGCUAGGAAAUUGCAGAACUGAAGGUGGCUUGGGGGAUACAGAAGCCCUCGAUGAGGAAGCCAAUCUCGGAGAUGUAAAGUGACUUACACAAGGUCACACAGCUCGUGGUGACUGAAGUGGGGCCAGAGCGCAGGUCUCGGGACUCCCUUCCCAGUGCUCAUCUCCAGGCCCCAGAGAGCAGAGACCAUUCUCCUGGGACCAUUCCUAAGAAAGAAACACCCACGCUGUGACAUAUGCCACUGCCACCGCCACUGCCACCUCUGCCUCCGCCUCCCCCCCCAUCAGCGCCCCCGGUAAGUACAGAUGCUUCCAGCUUGAGAAAGACAGAUCCCAAAGGUCGGAGUGCACUGUUGGCUGAUAUCCAGCAAGGAACUCGCCUACGAAAAGUCACACAGAUCAAUGACCGCAGUGCCCCGCAAAUCGAGAUUUCUAAAGGAACCAACAAAGAAGGAGGGGGUCCUGCAAACUCUCGAGGCGGGAGCACGCCCCCAGCCCUGGGAGAUCUGUUUGCUGGUGGCUUUCCAGUGUUACGACCAGCAGGCCAGAGGGAUGCAGCAGGCGGCAAGACAGGGCAGGGCCCUGGCUCCCGAGCGCCUUCUCCCCGGCUUCCCACCAAAACUAUCAGCGGCCCGUUCAACCCCCCUGCAUCUCCCAGGCUAGGCGACGCCUCCGAGGCGCAUGGCGUGGCCGGGACGGUCCUUCCUCGCCCCAGCAUGCCCGCCCCACCUCCCCCGCCCUUACCCCCGGCCCUGCCCCCGCCCUUACCCCCGGCCCUGCCCCCGUCCUCCCCCGCCAAAGCCCCGCUGGUGUCCCCACCUGGCCCACCGACCAAGGGGAGCGCUCCGGUGCUCGCACCCCCUCCGCCCUGUGCACCGCCGCCUCCACCCCCGCCGCCCCCGCCCUUGGCUCCCAGUGACAAGGCGGUGAGGCCUCAGCUAGCCCGCUUGCACCUACCGCCCGUCCCGCCCCCGCUGCCUCUCCUCCCACCUUGCGGGUACCCUGGGCUCAGUGCGGACGCUGCCAGCCCUGCCCAAGAUGUGCCGGAGCCUCCAGCCCCUCCGCUCCCGCCGCCCCCACCGCCCCCGCUCCCCACUUACGCCCCACGCACCCCCAGAGCCUCUCUGCCUGCGCCCCCUUUGCCAGGCGCUAACGACAGCGGUGAAGUCCCACCCCCACGGCCCCCCAAGUCCCCAUGCUUCCAGGCCCAGCCCCCCGAGCCCAGCGCGCAGGCCUUGCCGGCGCCACCUGCCCUUCCGGGGUCUCAGACGUUCCCGCAGAAGAAGAGGCCCGGCCGAAGCCCCGCGACCAGUGGGGGAAAGCUGAACCCGCCCCCAGCACCCCCCGCCAGGUCACCCACCACGGAGCUUUCAAGCAGGAGCCAGCAGGCCCCAGCCUGGACCCUGACCCAGCAGCCUGGAGGUCAGCUGCGGAACGGAAGCCUGCACAUCAUUGAUGACUUUGAGUCUAAAUUCACGUUCCAUUCUAUGGAAGAUUUUCCUCCUCCGGAUGAGUAUAAACCAUGCCAGAAGAUUUACCCCAGCAAGAUCCCCAGAAUUAUCGCUGAAGACACUCCGGUGAGAAGACAGAUGAAGCCAACGUCCUGUGAGCCACCUGGGGGUCCAUAUGGCGGGGUGGACAUCCCCAGGAGAACGUCAGACCUCACCCUUCUCAAGUUGUAAUUCAGUUGACAUACAGGCUCUGCAUGGAGCAUUUAUUUAUUGUAAAUAUGUGAUUUGCACAGGCUUUAAAUCAGUAUUAUAGUCGAUUUUUAUUUGAGUAAUUUACAAAACACACACAUCAUUUCUCCAUUGUUUAAAAUGCAUCUUGGCAUUCAUCUGUCAGCACAGAUGACAGCCCUGACCCCACCACAGAGUGUCCAUUCCAUGACUGUUAAUACGCGUGCAGGCUGGCCCUCCCUAGAUUCGGAACCAUUUUUAGAAGAUUCCUUAGUUUCCCAAAGUCAUAGUAUCUACAACAGCUUCUUAUUGGCAUGAUUUUCUAGUCUCAUCACACAAACUGCAAAAUCAAACCAGAUAAUGCCUUAUAAAUGACGCAGCUCAUAGAGAGCAAUGUGUCGCCACACCCAGACGAUGCCACACGGCCUCCAGUGAACGAGAUGCCACGUCUCGCUCCCGUCUUGCAGUACAGGGAUUCUUUUGCUUCCUAAUGUAAACAUAACACAAGUCAAAGGCAAGAGCGGGCUUGGCCUCUCCAAGGCCAACCACAGGGCCCCUUUUGUAUCUGAAUGAUCCUGCAAGUAGCCAAUGCUCUUACUGUUUACACUGCCCCUCGUGCCCAUGUCUGCAUGACGGUCCUCCUGUCCCUCCAAGUUCCCAGCCUCAUCCUGGCAGACAAGGUGAGGUGAGCUGUAUGAGAUUUCAGUAUUUUCCCUGCAAGUUAGAAACCUGUGUAAGUCAUCAUGAGUAAAUUCCUAAUUCUGUCUCAGAGCUCUUUUUUUUCCUCCCCUGAGUGCAGGGUUCUCGUGAAAAACAUGACACGGAAGGUAUAGACUGAAAUGUAUUCUGAAAUAUCUGCCUCAAACAUCAGUGCCCCACGCCCGCCCUUAGGGAACCUGGAGCCACCCAUCAGGCAAAUCCUAGCUGCCUUCUGAGCCCGAGAACCUAAGUGGUCUGAGAGUCCCCCAGUCCCUGUGGUGGCACCUUUCUAGGUGGGGAGAAGUGUGUGAGUUCAGCCAGCCCUGACUAUGGACCGGCUCAGGACUGGCUGGGACCUGUCCUCUCACACCCUUUUUCGGGAGCUGGCAAGGGAAUGGCAGUGUGUUUUUGCUUGCUGCAUGACCCCAUCCUUGGUGGAAAAGCUGUGACAGAGGAAGGAGAGAAAAUAGGAGGAAACAGACUGAUCCCUCGUCUGUGCUCAAAAUAGCUGCAGAUUAAAGGAAAUCAGGGAGGCAGAAGUGGGAAGAGCAGUGAAAAAUAAGUUUCCUUUGAAAUAGCCCACUCGUGCACUCACACCUCAAGGAUGUAGUGCCCGGAACACGCCAUCCACGAAAGGUAGCCGUUAGGAGUGUUUUGGCAAACAUGAUAGUACACCCAACCUAGCUGCUGUCUGGAGUGGAGACUAAGAUGGUGUCCUCCAUCGUUGUUAUGCUUUCUCAUUCCAGACAGAAGCCACUGAGCGAGGUCAAGUUCCCUUCCCUGGGGAAUAAAUCAUGCCAAGUUGUAACAGCUAAAUCAAUGGAAGAGAAGCUUUUGCAGGUCAUCAGCUAUGGGCAUACCUGAUUUGGUUUUUUUGGUUCUGCAAGGUUUCCAGAAGGUCAGAACUUCUGUUUAUUACAGUAUCCACUCCACCUCUCUCUCAGGUGUACAGAAUAAUUACAGGGGUUUUAAUGAUCAUGAUUAAGGAGGUGCUAGACCAAGGCUGUUCCACCUUCAGAGUAGACUGCCUGCCCUGGUGAGGUGUUUACACAUUAAUGUUCUGCACCGCUGGGAUGGAAAUUCAGAAUAAAACCAUUCAAGGACAGAGGGAAGGAAUGAGGAGAAACCAAAAAUUGCAAUUAGGGAGAAAUUUCAGGAACCUGGGAUCACAUCCCUCCUCCAGACCCAUCACUGAAUUCUCGCCCUUUGAACUCUCACGGUGCCGGCCUCCGGCAGGACAAAGCCUUCACCCCUAGACCACAAACUCAAAUGUAGCGCCCCUCCCAUCCUCGCGUAUGCUUGCUGGCGCUGUGGUCUGUGACUCCCCCAGUGUUUCACGUGUAUUUUAUAUUUAUUGAUGUUCCCUCUGCAGAUUUAUUUCUUUGUAUCCAAUAAACUUUAAUAAGUGGGAACGCUUCUAGCCAUUCACUCGUUAAAGCCUAUCGAUGGUCACCAGCACCAACGCUUUUGUAGCUAACUAAACAAAUGGGUAUUUGGGAAAACCAACCAAGGGAAAAACUUUCUCAAAUGCAUUCUGUAAAAAGUAGAUAACACUGUAUUUACUGAGUUUUAUUAAAAUCAAAUGGGCAGAGUAUUGUUUACAAAUUACUCUGACUUGUGUUAAAGUGGAACCGCUUUCAACCUAAAGUGCACUUAGCGCUGCCACCUCAACUAAGCAAACCCUCAAAAACUCUCCUAUAUGGAGCAGUAAUCAUCUCCAUCGCCAUUAUAGUGUCUUCAGGUACAGGGGAGACGAGGUUUACCUGAUAGGUAAGUUGGCUUAAGGGAAAACAUGAUUCUGAAUCUCGAUUUUGCAUCUUACAAGUUUAGGGAAGUAACAAUUUUAGCCAGUCUAUGCCUCAGUUUCCUCAUCUGUAAAAUGGGGGCAUAGAUAUGUAUCUAAGCAUAUAGUAGUGAAGAUGGGGUAACAUAACCCCUGGGCUAGCCUUUAACCCUGGGGUCACAGGAGACCAAGGUAUCAGUGCACGCAUGUGCGCACACGCGCGCGCGCACACACACACACACACACACUCUCUAGGGUACAAGCGGUUUGUUUAUUAUACAUUCAGUCACACACAGAGCUCUCGCUGGCUGCAUUCCAUUCAGAUAUUCACUGAGCUGCUCAGAUCACUGGCUCUGCUGUUGGGUAACAAGGAGAGAGCAGUAAUUAAAAUUCAUAGAUGCUCCUGAAAUAAAUCUCAUCUAGAAAGUAACUUCAAAGUUAGCUGCUACACACUUUGCAACUGAAUUAGUUAAGGACCUGACUUGUUUUAUCUGCUGUUUUAUUAGUAGAGGCACAGAUAAGCUUUUUCAUGACCAAAAGGGCCCAUCUGAUUGGAGGAAAAAAAAGCAAUGGCCCAAGAUAAUCGACAAAGUGGAGGAUGGACUUUAAAGGCAUUGACUGUAGAGGUAUGUGAAGUGGCCAUAGUUCUAGGCACCCCUGAUGGAGUUCCGGGUGGGAGAGGUGGUGCCUAGAGGGGCGAGGGGAGCAGCUUAAAGGGACGGGCUGUGGACUCCAGAAGCAUGUUCCAGGUUCUCAGACCGUGCCCCAGGAGGCUUGGCAUCCUUCCUGAACCUGCUCUGUUAUGAACUGAAUUGUGUCCUCCAAAAAUUCAUAUUUUGAAGUCCUAACCCCAUACCUCAGAAAGUAGCCUUAUUUGGGAAUAGAGUUGCAGAUGUAAGUUAAGAUGAGGUCCUACUGAAGUAGGGUGGACCCCUAAUCCACCCUAUGUGACUGGUGUCCUUAUAAAAAGGGGAAGUUUGGACACAGACACAUACACAGGGAGGAUGCUAUAUGAAGAUGAAAAGACAGAUUAGGGUGACGCUUCUGGAGGCCAAGAAAUGCUGACGAUUGCCAGCAAACCACCAGAAGCUAGGUGGGACAGAAUCUCCCUCACAGCCCUCAGGAGGAACCAACCCUGCCAACACCUUGAUCUUGGACUUCUAGCCUCCAGAACUGUGAGAUGAUAAAUCCCUGUCGUUUAAGCAACCCAGUUUGUGGUCCUUUGUUAUGGCAGCCCUAGCAAACAGAUACAUGCUGUGUUACCUUGGAGCUUUGCAGGAGUUUACAGUUUGUGAAAAAAAGAGCUGAGAAAAAAGUUUAAAGAGUCAGCAGUUCCUUGUCAUGUAAAUGGGGCCAUCAUCUACUCUGACCUGGACACAGGUCACGUCUCGCUGGUAACUAAGUCCUAUUUUCAUGAACGAGACAUUCAGUUGCAUUUUGCCUGUCACGUGGAGACAAAACCAUGGAAGCAAUCUGGCAUUUCUAGGUCACCAGAGUGGGAAGAGCUGGCUUUUUUCUUAAGUGGCACCCUCUCCUCUAGUGGAGUUUCUGUGGCUUUAAAGUAAAGAUGCUCGGCAUAGGUGGCACCAGCCAUUCUGAUGAUUUUUUAAAAUUUGGUAAAAUAAACAUAAAAUUUACCAUUUUUAAGGGUACAGAUCAGUCGUGUUAAGUACGUUCACGGUGUUGUGUGACCAGUCUCCAGAACUCUUUUAUCAUCUUGCAAAACUUAAACUCUGUGCCCCUUAAACAGUAACUCCCCAUUCCCCUUCCCCCCUAGCCCCUGGCAGCCACCAUUCUACUUUCUGCCUCUAUGAGACUGACUACUCUGGGUACCCCAUAAAAGUGGAAUCAAAUAAUAUUUGACUUUUUGAGAGUGGCUUAUUUCACUUAGCAUAAUGUCCUCAAGGUUCACUUAUGCUGUAGCAUGUGUCAGAACUUCCUUCCUUUUUAAGGCUGUAUAUUCCGUUGCCUGGAUAUACUCCAUUUUGUUUGUCCAUUCAUUCAUUGACGGAGACUUGGCUUGCUCCCACCUUUUGCUUAUUGUAAAUAACGCUGGUAUGAACACAGGUGUAAAAAUAUCUGAGACUCUGCCUUCAGUUCUUCUGG